UUGCAGAGCCAGCCAACAUAUCAUCUUCUUUGUUGCAAUUCACCGGUGAUUUCCACUCGGCGAGAAGACACACCUGACUCGACAGAGCCAUCGUCACAGAUUAGCUCACCUCCAGAAUCGGUUGCCGACUCCACCAAUUUUGCAUUGUGGAUCGCUCCCGUCACGCGUGUAUUCGCUUUACCUCCACUGCCUACACCGAAGAAGGUGAGAGUAGUGAAGAAGAUCGUGAAGAAACGUACGCCAAAUGAGGACGUCUAUGAUGACGGUGACAAAAAGAAGAUUGUAAGUUCGUUUUCAAAAAUUCCUCUUAACAACUUCCUUAAAACAUCUAAUUAUCGAUUAUUGUAAGC